CAUCAAACUCAAACAAACAAUGGCACCAACAAUACCAAAAAAGAUAUCUUCCAAAUUAUCGGAGAUAAGUAAAGAACAUAUAAGUUUAGCAAGAAGUCAUAUAUCGCGACAGGAUUUGGGUGCUGGUGAUAUGGAUUGGAUGCGAGGAAAGAUUUUACUAAGACCAGAUGAUCAAUUGCAAUUAACAGAAGCUGAAUUACAAGAGGAAUUCGCCAAAGUAUUAACUAUACAAAAUACGAGGGUUCCAGACUCCUUAGUUGAAUGGUCAUGGAAAUUACGUGAAUUUAUAAGAUUACCUCCUCCACCGCAUUUAGUAACUUUACUGAAUGUAACUGGCACUAUACUACAUAAAGACUCUGAAGAGGCCAAAAUGCAAUUGGCAGGAGGUGUUAUUGAGGAAGCAACAGAAGAAAAACUAAAGUAUGAUGAAGCUAAAGAAGAAGAAUAUGAAGAUGAAGAAGAAGCAGAGGAGGUAGAUAAAACAGUAGAAGCACUAGCCGAAGCUGAAUUGGAAGCUGAGUUAGAACCUGAGGAAGAUGAAAUAGAAAAAGCAAAGCCUAAGAAAAUACCUAAUCAAUUUAAUUUCUGCGAGAGGGCAGCGUUGACAUAUGAUAAUCCUAUGAGGGACAUAAAUACACAAACUAUACCUCCACCUACUGCAACCUUCAAUGCUAGUGUCUUUCAAUGGACCAUCUUUGACGAGUAUCAGGAAGAUUAUGCUCAACAACAACGCGAGAAAGAAAAGGAGAAAAGAGCGCCAUUGAUGCAACCAAAGAAAGAGGAUGUGAAGAAAAAAGCUCAAAUAGAAUCUUUAGCAAUGACAAACAGAAUGCUACAAGCAGCAAAGACAUUGGAACGAAUGGUGAAUCAAAAUAUUUUCGAUGACAUAUCUCAAGAUUAUAGAUAUUGGGACGAUCCAAGCGAUGAAUUUAAAGACGGUGAAGGCUCUUUAUUACCUCUAUGGAAAUUUUCAUACGAAAAAACUAAAAAACACGAUAUCACGGACAUGUGCUUCAAUAGCAGAUAUUAUGAUCUCUUUGCAGUCGCUUUUGGAACACUGUCAUUUAAUAGUCCAAUAACAAAUGGUACGGUGUGCUUAUUCAGUUUGAAGAAUCCAUCAUAUCCAGAAUGGAUUUGUUCAACAGAAGCUCCCGUGAUGUGCCUAGACUUCAAUGACCAACAUCCAUAUCUUUUAGUUAUUGGUACCAUGGACGGAGCAGUAGCAGUUUAUAACAUAAUGUUACCACCGUCCAUGCCACAAUACAAGAGUAGCGAUGUUGUACAGAAGCAUGGAGGAUUAGUAUGGGAGAUUCGCUGGGCGCCGGAUACAGAAGAGGGAAACCUGGCGUUCUUCAGCGUCAGUAUAGAUGGUAAAAUAAAUCACUGGGUGUUAAACCAGAACGAUCUUGGGCUCACUACCAUUAUGACGUUAUUCCUGGACCGGCCGCCUAUACCGGGACCAGACGGCACGAUGAUUACGCUCAAAGGAUGCGGAACGUGCAUUGCAUUUCAUCCCGCCGAUAAGAAUGUUUUCCUGGUAGGCACAGAGGAAGGUACCAUGUACAAGUGCAAUACGGCGUAUAGCAGUAUUUACAUGAGGACGUAUCACGAGGCGCACACUAUGCCAGUGUAUCGAAUAGUCUUCAACAAAUUCAACUCCAGCAUUUUCGCUAGCUGCUCGGGCGAUUGGCGAAUCAAAAUCUGGGAAGAUGAAAGACCAGAACCUUUAUUCAUGUUUGAUCUGGGUGUUCCUAUUGGAGAUGUUCAAUGGGCGCCGUACAGCUCGACAGUGCUCGCUUGUGUAUCAAACGAUGGCAAAAUUACGGUGUUCGAUUUAAAUGUUAACAAGUACAGACCAAUCUGCAGUCAACAAAUUGUCAGUAAACGAAAGAAUAAAUUGACCCGAUUAGCUUUUAAUAACGCGUUGCCGUUUAUAAUAGUCGGCGAUGAUAAAGGUACUGUGAAUACACUGAAACUAUCUCCAAAUUUACGGAUAAAAGUGAAACCAACAAAGAAGCAAUUACAUUUGUCACAAACAGAGUUGGAAUCGAUGAAAUUGGAAAAAUUGCUCAGUUUUGUACGAGAACCUCCAAUAUUGACUCCACCUAAAGAUAUAAGAACAGUCACCUAAAACUGAUAUGCCAAACAUAUAAACAGAUUAUAACUUUUUAUAAAUAACAGUACUUUAUUAAUAUUUGCUAUAACAGACGGAUACACAUAUACAUAUCUAUAUUUUUACAAAUAAAUUGGCACUAAUUAUGCAAUAGAUGUCAAAUAGUUUUUAAAGUAGUUUACUUGUAGUAGUUACUUGAAUUUAUUGCAUGAAAAUAUUAUAAUAAUAAAACAAUUUCUCCCAGUCACUGACCUAAUACAAUAACAGUAAAUAAAUUAAUUUGAA